CCCUCCACCUCUGGCUUCUUCUCUUUUCCUCCUUCCUACUGGCUGGCAGGGGCGGCUGGUGGGGGCUCCCAGAGGAUAGCAGGGGAGAUCCGGCUGGAAUCCGGCGGGACUUACUUCUGUGUGUCUGUGAAUAAGACCGAACCUCCCUGUGUGUCUGCAGACUCUCAAACACCUGUCCUCUACACCUCCAAAAAGACCAGCAGGAAGAAUGAACCAAAACAUGGUGACUGUGAAUGGCGUCGACAUGGCCUCUACGUUGUCCCAGCCCACUCACAUCAACAUCCACAUCUACCAGGAGUCAGCUUUGGCAGAACUGUUCAAAGCUGGGGCUUCCCUGAAGGAGCUAUUUUCUCAUCCUCGAGACACUGCCUCUUCCGAGGCUAGCAUGAGCUAUGGGCAGCUGGCACUGGGGGUUACCCAGAUAUUGCUGGGGGCUGUUAGCUGUGCCCUUGGAGUGUUGCUCUGCUUAGGGCCCCCGACAGAGCUGUGCACCUCAGGCUGUGCAUUCUGGGCAGGGACUGUGGCUAUUGCAGCAGGAGCCGGGACCAUUGUCUAUGAGAAGCACCGGGGCAAACUUUCAGGCUGUGUAUCAGGUCUGCUCACGCUGGCUGGUGUCGCCACAGCCGUGGCCGCUGCUGUCCUCUGUGUGAAUAGCUUAACCUGGCAAAGUGAUGGCUUCUAUGACAUGGACUUUGUAUGUGAUCACCCAGAACCUGCUGCCACAGGGUAUCAAAAGACCUGGCGAAGAAGUCGUGAGUCAAACUGGAGAGAGGAUAGAUGUAGAAACCGCAUGGAAAUACUGAUGAACUUGUUCCUAGGAACCCGUGCUCUGCUCCUGGCUGUCUGCGUCCUGGAGGUCAUCGUAUCCUUGGCUUCCCUGAGCAUGGGUCUUCGAAACCUGUGUGGCCAGAGCUCUCGGCCCCUGGACGAGGAAGGGUCAGAGAAGAAGCUACUAGGGGAGAAUUCAGUGCCUCCCUCCCCCUCCAAGGAGAAGACCACGGAUGCCAUCAUCCUGUGAGCCACUGAAGACCCUGCUUGGUCCCCUGCUUGUCCCUGAUGGGAGUACCCCAGGGCCACCGGGGAGGACAGCACUCACUCCCCAGGGCCCCUCACUGACCCGCUCACGCUUGCCUCUCUUGUUCACUGUCCCGGCCCUCCCUCUCUCCCCACUGUUCCCAUCGCAGUGGCCUCAAGUUCCUGAACAGGUGUUGUCGCAUUUUCUCUAGCGCUAAUUAAACAGAAACAGCAGGAAAAAUCAUUUUGCCUGGAAA